CACAAUCGUUAUCCAUUGGCAUCAUGAAACGUGAAAGAAACUUACAAGAAGCUGAGGAAGAUCCUGUAGAUCUUGAGAAGAACGGAGCAGAAGAUCAGAUUAGUGAAAGAUCUAAUGAUGAAUCCAAUCAAGAAUCUGAUGACCCAUGUGACAACGAUGAUCCUCACGAAGAUCAGAAUGAGAGAGAUAAUGCAGCAGAUUAUCCAAUUUCCAGAGAAGAAGUUGAUAUCAGCCAAUGUAUAAGCCAUUUCAGUAUAAUCGUUAGCAUCAUGAAACGUAAACGAAACCUACAAGAAGCCUAUGAAGAUCCACAUGAUCAUCUUGAGAAGGAUGGAGUAGAAGAUCAGAUAAUCAGUACUGUAAGAGCUGAUGAUGAAUCCAUUCAAGAAGCUGAUCCCACUGACAACGAUCUUCACGAAGAUCGGAACGGGAGAGAUAGGGACGAAAAUCCUGACAUUGAUGAUGCUGGACAGAGGGAAACAUACGAAAGUGAUCAGGAAUCCAAUGAUGGGGAUGAUCAAUCGCAUCGUGUCUUACAAAUUAUGGAUGCAGAAAACUAUUUGAAAGCAGUGAAAGAAACAUUUCAUAGCAAAAGGGAAAAAUAUGAAUUGUUCGUAGCAAUCUUGAGAGAUUUCAAGGCUGAAAGGAUUAACAUUGCAGAUUUCUUAGAAAAGAUGAAGGAAGUAUUGGAUGGGCAUGAAUUUUUGAUUUUGGGAUUAAAUGUCUUCUUGCCCAAAAGAUAUCAGAUCCCUCCUUCUCAUGAACAACGUCUCAAUCUUCCUGAUAAUGUUCAUAAAUCUGAGAUUCAAGUUCAAAAGAAGCCCAGGAAGAAGAAAACUAAAGGCGAUGGUAAAUCAUCAGUUCAAGAAAUCGAUCUUAGCAAAUGUCAACGUUAUGUCAGCUACGUGCGUCUUCCUGAAAAAGAAGGUGAAGGCUUUAAAGAUGUUGAAGAAAAUGCUUCUGAUGACGAUGAGACUGAUUCAGUCUCGCAGUAUUUCCAUGGUGAAGAUCAUGUCGGUCCAUAAGAGAGCAAAAGGUCUGAAGCCAAUGAAGGCGAAUCGCGUAUUUAUAUGGAUGCGUUAAACUAUGUGAAUGCAGUGGAAAAAACAUUUGACCGCAAAAGCGAAAAAUUUUAUAUGUUCUUGAGAAUCCUCAGAGAUCUCUUGGCUCAAGGGUGUAACAUUGCAGAUUUGGCAGCAAAGAUCAAGGAAGUAUUGGAGGGGCACGACUUGUUGAUUUUGGGAUUAAACAAGUUCUUGCCCAAAGGAUAUAAGAUUAAAGUUAAAAAGAAGCCAAGGAAGAUCGAUCUCAGCAAAUGUGAACGUUAUAUCAGCUACGUGCGUUUGCCUGAGAAUUAUCAUAGUCCUAGUAAAGCAAGUCGUAGAUCUGAGCUUGAUGCUUCAGUGUUAAACGAUCGCUUCGUAUUGAACCCUCAAGGUCCUCAACAUCCUUCUAAAUCCAAGAUAUUAAUGUUCAAUGAGAAUCAGCAAGAAUUGUUCAAAAUUGAAGAUGAACAGUUUGAAGUGGACGUGUUAUUAGGGUCUCUGAGGUCAGCCUCUGAACGUGUGAAGGAAGUGUAUAAGAACAUACUUGAGAAUAAGAUCAACGUGAAUAAGGGUCCACUUCGUAUGGAAGAAUACUUUAGGGUUUCACAUUUAAGGAUUAUGGAACGUAUAUUUGGAGAGCAUGGUCUUGAUGCUAUAGAGGAAUUACGAAACAACUCAAAUAUUGCUUUGCCGUGGAUGCAAAAGGAUCUUGAAGAGCAACAUACGAAGUUGAAGCAAUGUCGUGAACGACUCAACAUGGUUUGGGCUCAAGAUUAUGCUGACAAUCAUGCCAAAUCAUUUCUUUAAAAUUAUAGCUUUGCAGGCCAUUGUUAAUUUCAUGAAGCAAGCACUUUUAUAGUUGUUGAUUGUGCA